AGUGACCGGCGUCUCUUCCCAUGCCCGUCUCCUGAAGCGACCCCCCCGCCCGGCAUGGAUGUAGCCAACAAUACUACCUCUCCAGAGCGCUCCCCCGAGGGGGCAGGCGGCCCCGGCCUCGCCGAGGUGACCCUGGGCUACCAGCUGCUCACCUCGCUCCUCCUGGGCACACUCAUCCUGUGCGCCGUGAGCGGCAACGCCUGCGUGAUCACGGCCAUCGCCCUGGAGCGCUCCCUGCAAACCGUGGCCAACUAUCUCAUCGGCUCGCUGGCCGUCACCGACCUCAUGGUGUCCGUGCUGGUGCUGCCCAUGGCGGCCCUCUACCAGGUGCUGAACAAGUGGACGCUGGGGCAAGUCACCUGCGACAUCUUCAUCUCGCUGGACGUGCUGUGCUGCACCUCUUCCAUCCUGCACCUGUGCGCUAUCGCCUUGGACAGGUACUGGGCCAUCACGGACCCCAUCGACUAUGUCAACAAGCGGACUCCCCGGCGGGCCGCCGUACUUAUCAGCCUGACCUGGCUCAUCGGCUUCUUGAUAUCCAUCCCGCCCAUGCUGGGCUGGAGGACGCCCGAGGACCGCUCGGACCCCGACGCCUGCACCAUCAGCAAGGACCACGGGUACACCAUCUACUCCACCUUCGGCGCCUUUUACAUCCCGCUUCUCCUCAUGCUGGUGCUCUACGGCCGCAUCUUCAAGGCGGCCCGCUUCAGGAUCCGCAAGACCGUCAAGAAAGCAGAGAAGAAGAAAAUCGCUGACACCUGCCUCACCCUCUCCCCGGCAGCCCUGCAGAAGAAAAGCAACGGAGAGUCCGGGAAGGGCUGGCGGCGGACUGUGGAGCCCAAGCCCGGUGCCUGUGUCAACGGCGCGGUGCGGCAGGGAGAGGACGGGGCGUCCCUGGAGAUCAUCGAGGUCCAGCGCUGCAACAGCUCCUCCAAGACUCACCUGCCGCUGCCCAGCCCCCCGCCGCCCCCCUCCUUCGAGAGGCGCAACGAGAAGAACACGGAAGCCAAGCGGAGGAUGGCUCUGUCCCGGGAGAGGAAAACUGUCAAGACCCUGGGCAUCAUUAUGGGCACCUUCAUCCUCUGCUGGCUGCCGUUCUUCAUCGUGGCGCUGGUCCUACCCUUUUGUGACAGUAAGUGCUACAUGCCCGAGUGGCUGGGGGCAGUCAUCAACUGGCUGGGCUACUCCAACUCCCUCCUCAACCCCAUCAUCUAUGCCUAUUUCAACAAAGACUUCCAAAGUGCUUUUAAGAAAAUUAUCAAGUGCAAA